GUCGUGCUCUCUCCACUCGCAAUCGCAAUCUCGUCUUCUUCCCUACCCUCCGCCGCUUUGUCUCAGUCGCAAGCUUGUAAAGCUUCUUCACUCUUCUCUUAAGAACAAUAUGGAGAAAGACAUGGCAUUGAUGGGGGACAAACUGAUACUGAGAGGGUUGAAGUUUUACGGUUUCCAUGGAGCGAUUCCUGAAGAGAAGACGCUUGGCCAGAUGUUUAUGCUUGACAUUGAUGCUUGGAUGUGUCUCAAAAAGGCCGGUCUUUCAGACAACUUAGAUGAUUCUAUCAGCUACGUCGACAUUUACAACUUGGCAAAGGAAGUUGUACAAGGGUCAUCAAGAAACCUUUUGGAGGCAGUAGCUGGACUUAUAGCGUCCAAAACUCUGGAAUCAUUCCCUCGCGUAACAGCUGUUCGAGUGAAGCUAUGGAAGCCAAAUGUUCCGCUUAUCCAAAGUGCUAUCGAUUGUUUAGGGGUCGAGAUUUUCAGAAACCGCUCUACCGAAUAACACGCCUCAAAGACUCAUUUGUAUCUUGAAUUAUGUUGCGUUUCUGUUGUUGUCUCAGUUGUAUUCAUGCAAUUUCCAUAUCCAUCAUGUCCAAAAGCUUGUAAUAUGUCCAAAAUUUUCAAGAAUUGCUAAGUAGAGAGAGAUUUGGUGGAAUGAAACAUUGUACUUAUUUCCUUAA